AUGGAAAAUCGAAUAAAAUGGCUGGAAUCUAUCAUUCGAGAGAGAUGCUCCAACAUUGACUUGAAUAAUGGCAUGGAGCAACCCUUAGAGGCUCUAGAUGAGCUGCCGACCGGAAACAGUACCCAACAUAGCGUACCCCAAACACGUUCUUCUGCUCGAGCUACAGCGCACGACUUAACGCAAGAAGUAUCUCACGGGGAUAGGCCUCAUGAGCAACCUGCAUUGCAACUUCCUAUUACCCAGGAAGAACCGCAGCAGGCGCACGAGAUUGGGUUAGUAUCGCUGUUCCGCGGAGAAGAUCCCCGGUACAUCGGUCCGUCUAGCGGAUACUCUUUCGCCAAACGGAUAUUCUCAAAUCCUGGUAGGCAUGGGAGACCGGAAUCUGCUAUGAGAGCAGAUGGAAUUGCCUCACGUUUUCCGGCCGAAUUAUUGAACCCCCCAGCAUCACUACCAGCACAGAAAGAGGUCGCUGUGGAGUUGUCGAUCAAGUACUUCGAGACAAUUCAUCUUCUUUACCCGUUUCUACAUCAACAGACCCACAUGGAGAUGCUUGGUAAUGUUUAUGGGCGACAGGAAGAAGACCCAAUAAGUAGCUUCCAGGUCUAUAUGGUUUUGGCCAUUGCUUCCCUGAAUCUGUCAAGAAAGUGCAAGCUGCAACUCCCCGCGGAAGGAUAUUAUGCGUCCGCAAUGAAGAAUGCGGACUAUGUCUGCCAACAUGGCUCAAUGGCGGCACUACAAUGCCUGCUGUUGCUGAUGUUCCCGCUGGAUAUUUCGGAUGCCGAUCUUAUUAGCGCUACACCAGGAGAGUCUGCAGUUAACAGGACGCCCUCGCAUAUGUCACUAUCAAUCCGCCUUUUCAGAUUGGCACAACUAAAUUCUGAGAUUAAAUACAUCAUGCAUAGUAUCAAUCGUGAUGUACCGCACUAUGCAUACCCCCCUGUCAAGGAUAUCUUUGCCUGGCAACGAGAUAUGAUGAAGACGCUUGAGGACUGGUAUUUUGAGGUGCCACAGCAGACCAGAAACUGGACGACGCAGUACUGUAACAUCAAAUACCAUGAGAUUAUGAUACUGCUAUUGCGGCCAAGUCCAGCGAUUCCCAGUCCAGCAGACGACAUUUUUGAACUUUGCUCUGAGCAUGCUUAUACUCUCCUCGCAUGUUUCGGUAAUCUGUAUGAGUCGGGAAAUCUUCUAUACAGCCGAUUUGUGGUACAUUCCAUUUUCCUUGGAACCUUAGUUGUGUUGCAUUGUAUCUGGAAGUUUCCUAGGACAGCUACCAAGUUUUCAGUCGACGAACUCAUAAUCAAAUUCAAUAUUUCGCAAAACAUUCUGAGCAGCAUUGGUGAGCACUGGGCCGAAGCCCUAGGUGCGCGCGAUUGUAUUGCGGAACUUUCAACAAUUACAGUUCAACGACUUCUGAAAAACCAAUCCUCAGCGGCGUCGACCUCUUUGCCAAGCCAACCCAGCAUGACAAUGAUGUGUUUGCAACAUCGUAGUGCCAGAGAACCUGCCUAUCGACACCUGGAGCAGUUCCCAGCAACUCCCAGGAGUAGCAAUGCACAGGGCCAAACGUUCUCGGAGGCAAACAUUAACCACCCGGCAGAGCCGUGGCCUACAACAUCCGAGUACCCGAAUUUGUUUGACGAUCUUUUACGGACAGAUUUGGAGGGAUGGAAUGGAACGUCCGAUAUUGACGGCUUGAUUAGCGAAGUGUUGAAUAUUCCGCACUUCUAA